AUGAGCCCAGCUGAACUGUGAGAGAGUAACCUUCUGAAUCGUAAAUUCAACUCAAUUUCGUUCAGAUUCGAAAUAUCUUUGUGUUCUACAAAGGCAGCUGAAUGUGUGAAGGGAGCGAAAAUAAGAGCGUCGAAGCACGAAAUAACAAUGACAACAGCGAAUCAGCUGAUUUCGGUUUUCUUUGGGGACGGACGAGUCUCUUUUUGGUGGGAUUUCAGUACAUUUCUAAGUGCAACCGAGAUGAACCAGAAGCGGACAAUUGGAGGACAUCUCUUCGAGCACUGGUACAGUCACUUCCUCUUCUCUUCCUGCUUUUCAUUUGUUCCUUUUUCAGUACCAGAUUCUGGCAGAAUGUGGUAGAAAUCGACGAAUUCUAUUGUCGAUAUGAAGACGAGUCAGAAGGCAUUGCAAUUGUUUCUCACCACCUUCACAGUAUUUUCCCCGGGCCGAUCAUACUAUCAAUCCAUCCUUCCGCUAUAAAAAAUCUUCAAAAGUUUUUUAGUUAUCCACACUUCGAAACGAUUUCAAGUCUGGAGUUGACUGAGCCAAGAGACCACACUAUUUCGGCAUCAGUCAUGGAAAAGUUAUUCGACAAAAUCACAGUUGUGCACACUCUGAAAGUGCUAGCAGAAACUGACGAAGAGUACCAACUCAAGCAGGUAACAUAACAUCAGUUGGUAGUAAUAUUCGAGAGAUUCAGGUGCAAUAUGUGGAGUAUCUGGAACUAAGAAAUGCAAAAUGGAUGACCAGGGAUCAUCUCCUUCAGCUGAAGUGCCGAGUCGUUGAAAUAAAAGAGCACCGUUUCACUCUUGCUGAUCUCGAGGCGUUUGCUGAAUACUGGCUCUCGAGAAGGGGCGACUUCUUCGAAAGAGCUUAUUUUCAGUGGAAAAUUGAUGGAGAGCUGAAGUUCGAUAGACUGAAGACAAUCAAAUUCGAUAACUCGAAGCGGGGUCGAUACUUUCACUAUAGUCGGAAGGACGCGCUCCCGGAAAAAGUGGACUGCAUUGACGGACUGGACCUGGAGAGGGCCGACGGAAUGCUCGCUUCCAUUGUCUAUAGACAUUCUGUAUCGAAUCCGGCGAUUUACUUCUGUGUCUGGAACGAGAGAUUCCCGGAAACGCCACAACGUGAGGUGCUGCAGCGGCGACUGAACAGACAUUACAAGCAUUUGGAGAAGAUCAACAAACGGUAUCCGGACACCACUUCCCUCGAACGACUGCUCUCUAAUCGCACUUUGACCAUCGACGAGUUCUUGGACACAUUCAAGAUCCUUAGAAACUGGUACUUGGAGCCGGAACAAGCGGGUCGCUCAACCGGAAGGGAACGGAGGAGGUCUGUGUUCGAGCACAUGCACACCGAAAUCAGCGUCUAUUUGGACGCCUAA